AUGUGGAUCCAUAACGUGCCCUGUUAUUCCCUCUUGAUGUGCUUCGCUCUUCCAGGUGCCUCCGCCACCCGAGUGGUGCAAGGGCCUGGUGCAGAGGAGGGAGGCGGAGAGGCAGCAGGCAGUACAGAGCCCUCUGUGCUGCCGCCACCCGAGUGGGGCAAGGGGCUGGUGCAGAAGAGGCAGGCGGAGAGGCAGCAGGCUGACCUGGAUGCCGUGGCAGCACGUCCGUUCGCUGCCUAUGAGAACGACGAGGAGCGCGAUCGCAUGCUCAAAAAUGCCGUGCGCUUUGGCGACCCCAUGGCACAUCUCGUCAAGAGCAACAUAUCAGCAGACGCCCUGCUGGAGGAUCUCAGUCGCGACCCUGCCAUGCAGGCGUCGGGCUUCACGAGCAACAUAUCAGCAGACGCCCUGCUGGAGGAUCUCAGUCGAGACCCUGCCAUGCAGGCGUCGGGCUUCACGGUGCCACAGGCCAUCCCCCCCCAUAGCUGGCUCAAGCGCCGCGUGUCGGCGCCGCACAACCGCUACGGCAUCCGCCCCGGCCGCCACUGGGACGGUGUUGAUCGCAGCAAUGGGUUUGAGCGGGAGAUGUUCAAGCAGAAGAACGAGAUGCGCGCGAGCAGGAGGCCUUCAUGUGGUCCGUUGCCGACAUGUAACACUCAUGUCAUGUGGUCCGUUGCCAACAUGUAA